AAGUGAGAAGCCGUGUUCAGUAGCGAGCAAGGUGAGAGCAGAGAGCGAGUCGUUAGCACGUCGAUACAUUGUCUUCUUGCAAGGCGGUCAUUCGUCUUCUUCGUCGUUCUUCAGGGCUUGCGGAGGGCAGUUUUCUUGAAGGCGUCCUCCAGCUCGAAUUUAGUGUUCGUGUGCGUGGUGUUUGAUCGGCGAAGGGAGAGAUUGACUGUGUGUUUGUGGGAGAGAGAGAGAGAGAGAGAGAGAGAGAGAGAGAGAGGAGCUCUUUGUGAGCCGGCCUGGCAGGCAAGGGCGAGGAAGGUAAUCGAGGCCUUGUUCGCGGGCACCGGCGUGGCUUUAGUCGGUCUCGAGGGAGGAGCAGCAGCAGGAGCAGUUGGAGCGAUGGGGCGUUGUGGAAUGCAGAGAACAAAUGUUUGGUUUUUGGUCCUUCUAUCGGUGUUACUACUGAUGGGGGUAGCGCAAGCCUCUUUUGACAUGAGUUCUGAGACCUUCGUCCCACAGAGGACUGCUUCGUUGUCGAAUCAACUGGACUCAGAGGUGACUAGAAGAAUGCUGGCCGCCUCAGGGUACUACGUCGGAUACGGUGCCUUAACUGCCAAUCGUGUUCCUUGCCCGCCUCAGUCGGGACGAUCGUAUUACACUCCCGGGUGCUCGACUGCUUCGGGACCAGUUCGGCCUUACACCAGAGGAUGCUCGACUAUCACCCGGUGUGCUAGGGAUGGCUAGGUGCUUCGUUGAGAUUUCAAGGAUGUCCGUUGACCUCCCUAUUAUUUUCGGGGGAAGCCUGUUUGUUCCUUCCCUCCCACUGGAAAGAGGAACUAUUGUGAAGUGUUCGGGUUUCUCUCUCUUCUGCGCGGGGUGUUGGUGCUAAUACUGAAAGUCGGCAAACUCUCAAAUAAACCUUAAAUAGUAAGAAAAAAAAGAAGUAUAUUUCAGUUAUGCUUUGUGUCUUGUAGGGGAUGCCAUCUUGCUUUGCUGUGUUUGUCUAUACUGCUCAACACCUAGGCAGCCCGUGAGAUCUCGAAGCAUCUCUCUUCUGCUUCUGGAGAUCGUCAAUGCGUGGUAACCUACGCAGAUCAGCUUAGUUAGUUACCAAUGUAGACUACACAGGGUAUGGAGGAGGAUAGAAUCCAGGUCCCUUUGGCAUGCGAUGUCUGUGGCAGUUGUAAUGGAGAACUCUGACUUCUCGGCGGCCACAUGGAGUGGUCUUUACAAACGGUGAUGCAACUUCACGAUGGGACGAGCAGUACUGGCCAGAGUGCAAGGCACCAGCACUCCUCUGGAGAGACGCGCAGCCAACGGGUUCGAAUUAGACCUUGUGUUGGUGGAGAGUGGACUGACCUUUGCAGCAACAGGGGCUUUUGUAUGACGCAAGCAGGCUUACUUAAUGGGGAUGGUCAUCGCUGUCCUGAGUAGUAUCUGUAUAUACGUUUCCUGAUCUAAUUUUUUUCUCUUUACACUGUAAUCCUUGAGGUCUUGGAAACUAGAUUAUUUCAAACGUUUAAUCAUUGAAAAAGUUACUU